AUGGAGAUGAAUGCGACAAGGUUCAAUCAAGCAGAGCAGGCAGAGAUAAGUGCUAUGCUUGAACGAAAACAAAUGGCCGAUUUUGUUCAUUUGUUCACUGACUUAACAGACCGCUGCUUCCGAGAGUGUGCAAACAAUUUUACUACAAAAGCAGUGACAGGCAAAGAGGCUGCUUGUGUUCAAAAAUGUGCUGAUAGAUUCUUGAAGCAUUCAGAAAUUGUUAGUAAUCGCUUUGCAGAACUUAGUCAAUCUUUCAUGAAUAAUACACAACAACAACAGCCCAACAUAUCGUUAGGGACGACAUCAGACAUGCCCUCUUCGUCAGGGUUAUAG